AUGCUGACUUCCUCGGUAAUAGCCUCUGGCAUGGUGAUCCCAUCUGCUCAGGAACCUCCUUCUACUUCGACCAUGUCUAAUGGCUACCCUAUUUCGCCGGUCGCCGACAAUACCCACGCGGAUGGCGAUGCGGUGACCCAACGUGAGCGCAGUCCGUCCGAGCCCAUGGAGUCUCAUCCUGUCUCCGAGUCCUCCCCCGAGCCCGAUGCCGCGGACGACUCAUAUGACGGCGCGUCUGCCGAUUCAGAUGCGGAAGAUGAGGACGUAGCGGACGACAACAGCGAUUAUGACGCCAACACAUACAGCCGUGAAAACUCUUCAUCCCCUCACCCCGUCCGUGGUGCGAAGCGCAAAUCCUCACCGGCUAGCGAAACCGACCUGAUCAGACAAAAUCCCGAUCUGUAUGGACUUCGACGAAGUGGUCGUGCUCGUACAACCCGCCAUAUCGCCGACUCAUCUGAUUCAGACUCAGAUGAUGUUGCACCACGUACUAAGCGUCGUCGCAAAGAUCCAUCCCAACAACCAUCUAAAGCCUCGCGAUCGGCUACUGUGUCGUCCCUAUCCGAGUCCGACAGUGAUGAGUAUGGUGGAAAGAGUGCUCGUGCUAGCAAAGCGAGGAGGCGACGUCUCCAACAAACUGCUAGCUAUGAGCCCUCAUUGAACGAGGUCCGCUUCUCAACACGAACCGCCAAGAAGGUGUCAAAUUACAACGAGGAUGAUGAGGAAGAUGAAGCCAUGUUUGAAGAUGACCCAGAAGAUCUUGCACCGAACUACUGGGUGGAGAGUUAUGUAGAGGACACUCGCCCCGCUGUCGACGUCGUCCUGAACCACCGCCUUAAGGAGGGCAUCGACCCAAAAGCCAAUGAUCUCGGCCGCAACGACUUUGAGUUUUGUAUCAAGUGGCAGGACAAAUCACACUAUCAUGCUACAUGGGAAAGCAAUGAAUCUAUUGCCAACUUCCGCAGCACGCGACGCGUGGAUAAUUAUGUUCGGAAGGUGCUCAAUGAGGAUAUUCGGUUGCAGUACAAUGUCGACGCCCCUCCUGAAGACCGCGAAAAGUGGAACCUCGAUCGCGAACGAGACGUCGAGGCCAUAGAGGAUUACAAAAAUGUUGAACGAGUCAUUGGUGUACGUGAUGGCGAGGAUGGUACCACGGAAUACCUUGUAAAAUGGAAACGCCUCUUCUACGAUUCCUGUACUUGGGAACCAGAGGACCUGGUUAGUGAGAUCGCACAGCGUGAGGUUGACCGAUUCUUGGACCGCACCGCUCGACAACCCAUCUCCGACAAAAACGAGAUGAAUGUUGCCACGCGUAAAUCCUUCGAGCCCAUCCACGGAACCCCCAGUUUCUUGCAGAAUGGAGAACUCAAGGACUUCCAAGUCAAAGGUCUAAACUUUCUGGCUUUCAAUUGGGUCAGGGGUCGCAAUGUGGUUUUGGCAGAUGAGAUGGGUCUCGGAAAGACAGUACAAACUGUCUCGUUCAUCAACUGGAUGCGCCAUGUCAGGCGACAGCAAGGGCCAUUUAUCGUCAUCGUCCCCCUAUCUACUAUGCCAGCAUGGGCUGAUACUUUCGAUCACUGGACACCGGACCUGAACUACGUUGUCUACAACGUAUGCGAUGAAUGA